GAGGGAGGGAAUGCGCGAGAGCGGUGGCGCCUGCGCACAGGUGCGCGCGCCUGCAAGGGAAGCGAGGCCCGCCGAAGGAUACCGCUGUUGUUGCUGCUCGGACAGAUCAGGGUCCAGAGCUAAAUCCCUGUGUCGGUCACCAGUCGUCAGCGUACGCUUGCUUAAGCGACCGCGCUCUGUGCGCUCUGAACCGCAGGUUCCAUGGUUCGGUCAAAAGUAGCGCUGAAAUGACAAAAGAAGAUUCUUAUGUAGAACCUUCCAAUGAUGAGGACUCCGUAAGUGGAAAUUAUAGCACUAUAUCCUCAGAUUCUGAGAGACCAGUUGUACAUCCAGUAGUUUCAGCACCUAUGCCUACUGAUUGUGAAUUUUCUUUCUUUGAUCCACAAGACCCAGCAUGCAGGCAAAUCCUGCGUGAUCCUGAAACAACCGUGCCAGAAUUGUUCGCUAUCCUGCGUCAAUGGGUUCCACAAGUUCAGCAGCAUAUUGAUGUGAUUGGAAAUGAGAUUCUGAAUCGAGGAUGCCAUGUGAAUGACAGAGAUGGUUUGACAGAUAUGACUCUUCUACAUUACACCUGCAAAGCUGGGGCUCAAGGAAUUGGAGAUGCAGAAGUUGCAGCCAAGUUUGCUUUACAGUUGAUUGAGAUGGGAGCGGAUGUAAAAAUUCGAAGCCGUUGGACUAACAUGAAUGCAUUGCAUUAUGCUGCAUAUUUUGACGUUCCUGAACUAAUAAGAAUAAUUUUGAAGGGCGCAAAUGCUGGAGAAGUAGAUGCCACCUGCAGUGACUUCAAUUUUGGAACACCUUUACACAUAGCAGCAUCAAAUCUUUGUUUGUCAGCUGUGAAGUGUUUAUUGGAACAUGGAGCCAACCCUGUAUUUCGGAAUGAUAAAGGGGAGAUGCCAGUAGACAUUGUCCCUGAUCCUUUGGACAUGCCCCUGGACAUGGCAGAAGCAGCAGCAAUUGCCAAAGAAUUAAAGCAGGUGCUUCUUGAUGCAUUACCACUGACCUGUGACAUAUCAAAGUCGAUGCUGACAAACUAUGAUCACAUCUCGGGGAAGGCACUGCUCAAGUCACUGGGCCUGAAGCUGGGAGAGAGAGUGAUGAUUGGAGGGCAGAAGGUUGGAACACUACGAUUUUGUGGUACCACUGAAUUUGCCAGUGGCCAGUGGGCAGGGAUUGAGCUGGAUGAACCCGAAGGGAAGAACGAUGGAAGUAUCUGUGGCAUUCAGUACUUCAGCUGCCCAGUGAAAUAUGGAAUUUUUGCACCACUCUCCAAGGUUAGCAAAGUAUCCACAGAAAAAAAGAGACUAACCAGAACUUCAUCACAUAAAACAUCAGCUCCUCUUCGAUCUCAGAAAAUAGACUUGUCACGUGUCACAUCUAAGGUGAACACAGGUCUACCUCCUUCCAAAAAGUAUGUUCCAAAACCCCCUAUUCCCACUCAAGACGUUGCCAAACCUCAGACAGGAAUGGAAGCUUCUCUGCCUGGGACAUCCUGCUCUUCCUCUUCCUCUUCCUCUUCAAUAGAGAGCAGGCAAUUCAGACAAAGGCAGCUGCUCCCACGACAACGGAACAUAACCCACUCAACGAAGCUGACAACUAAACCGGUACCCGCCAUCACCAAAAAGAACACAGGUUUGCGGAAGAGAGUUCCAUCUGUUGGCAGCCUGGACUGCGAUGAGACUAAUAAGGCAGAUAUUCAAAUUGGUGACCGUGUGGUUGUUGUUGGGCAAAGGAGUGGAACUGCACGGUUCUACGGGAAGACUAAUUUUGCACCAGGUUAUUGGUAUGGGAUUGAGUUGGAUAAACCAAAUGGCAGAAACAAUGGCUCUGUGGGGGGCGUGCAAUAUUUCACCUGUCAACCAAAGCAUGGGGUGUUUGCACCUCCAUCAAGAGUUCAGAGGGCAACAGAAGCAUUGGAUUCCUUCUCAGAUAUUCCAACCAGCAGAUUCAAUCAAUCAGUUAUAGGUUUCCAUCGAAGUUACAGCACCCCAUCUGCUCUUCCAUCGCCAGGGGACAUAAAACGAAAAAACUCUUCAAGCAGGCCAAAAAAUCAAAUCAUGAGGCGAAGCUGGAGCAGCACAAGUACCACUGAGGCAAAUGUGAAGUUACAUGAAGGGUCACAAGUCCUACUGAGCAGCUCCAGUGAAAUGGCAAUCAUUAGAUACAUUGGACCUACUGACUUUGCUCCAGGAGUAUGGCUUGGACUGGAAUUGCGUUCACCAAAAGGAAAAAAUGAUGGAUCUGUGGGAGAAAAACGUUAUUUUACUUGUAAACCAAAUUAUGGAGUUCUGGUACGACCAAGCCGUGUAACUUAUCGAGGCAUUAAUGGCACAAAACUAGUGGAUGAUAUUUAGUGGUAAAUGUUUUGUUUUCAGCAAGGUAAGGAGAAUGCAGGAAAAUGUGAAUUCAACAUAUGCAUCUAAGUCUGGAGUUUUCUGUCUAUUUGCACACAAAUUAGUCAUAGUAUGGAUGCAAACAAAUUCAACAGCUUGCUGGUCACAAGCAUAAGCAGAGUUUGCCUAAGUUUCCUUGAUCCUUUUUAUUUUUUUGCAAAUCAGAUAUUUGGGCACACCAUUAAACCUAGACAGCAUGGUAGUACUAAACCUGUUAUGUAGUUCCAUCAGUACUUGUAUUCUGCCUAUGAAAUUUAUUUGACUUUAGCCCUAAUAAUCUGACAUUAAUUUCCAGGCAAGUGGCCCAAUAAUUGCAAAUUUUUGAGCAACUUUUCAUGCUUAUCCUCACUUAGGCAUACUUUAUAUUUUCUGUUUUAAUGUGAGUUAGGCUGUAGGAAUGCUGCACCACGCUAUUCUUCUUCCAUAAAACAGUGCUAACAUAACAAGGAUGUCAUCACCUCUUAACGUUUGAGCACAAACACAUUCAUUUUGCUGUAAAAAUAUUUCCUGUUUGGUAGAUUUUAUUCCUAAAAAUGUACAGAAUUUCAUACAUAGCAAUAGGUUUUCAAUCCAUCUCACUCAUUUUUAUCAUAUAUCUCACUCACGUUUCCUUGAAGGUGACUGCUCUGCAACAGAGAUUUACAAGUACGAUACCAGAACUGAGAGGUUAUAACUAUCAAAAAAGAUUGAACAUCUUGGGACUCUUCUUCAGAUAUGACAAGCUGAAGGAUGGCUGAAUGGAGGUCAUUACAAUUUUGAAAGGGUUUCAUAGUGCAGAGGUGGAGAUUAUAUUCCAUCUGUGAGGAACUCUAAAACCAGGAGUUAUAAAUAUAAAUUAAAUAUUAAAUUAAAAAAGGUACUAAAUUUAAAAAACAGAUUUUUAAAAAUCCAGGUAUUUGUUCGAAACUUGCUGCUGCUUGGUAUAGCUGAGCUGGGAACGUAAGACUUUUAAGAGGAAGUUAACUAAAUACAUGGAGGAGAAAGGAAUAGAUGGCACCUUUACUGGAGUGGAUGAAACUCAUGAUGGGUAGAAGAUCGUGCACACCAACAUAGAACAGUAGCCAGGUUUUGUCCUGUGAGUUCUAUAUAUUUCUAUAUAGUGGCUUUUGGCACAAAAUAUAUUAUUGAUCAUUGAUCUCUUAAAAGUUAUUUGGCCCUUCUGUUAUAUAAAGGCCACUCUAUACUUUAUUCCCACUACUUGUCUUUUACAUUUCAUUUAGUACAGUUACCAAAUGAAACUCUAUCACUCUUAGACUUGGAAAUUUCAAAUAACAUGCCAUUCUGCAGAGUGAAUUCUAAAUUUCCUUUAUCCUUUAUGCGAACAAAUGAUUCUGAUCCCAUUGCUAGCUGAAUGAAUUCUAAUUGUAAAAUUAUACCCUUUGCUCUGGUACCCCCUACAAGAUGAGGUAGUCUUACUGUUGAUUCUGUAGAAUCCCUUUCAUGUUGUAAAAUAUUCAAUUGCAUUAUCUCUGCACCUUCUAGCCUCAGGACAAUGCCAGUCAAGUUAAUGCAGCUAGGUCCAUAAUUUAACCCUUUAAGCACUGAUAUAGGUCAGGUGAAUCUUGCGUAACAUAUAUAGUUUCUUAAAGUGCGGGUUAUUGAAACUAAUGAACAAGAAUAAUAGCUCAAUGAACAAAAAACGUGCAUCUUAAGUGUCAAAGGAAAAAUACACUCAGUGUUAAUUAAGCCCAGCUUAUAUUCAUUUUAAGGAAUUUGGGAGAGUUUUUGGGCAUAAUUUUUCACCAGCAAGAUACUAUGGCUAUCAGACUUGUUGCAGUUUUAGAAUCUGCUUCAGGUUACAUCCAAAAGGGAAACUCCAGACUUGUAUUUCUAGCAGAAAAUUGAAAUAGGCUUGAUGGAAAUAUGGGAUGAAGUUUUAUAAUGCUUUUAGAGAGCAUGAAUCCAUACAAUAAUCCAUACAGUUUGGUACACUUUUAAUUAAGAUAAUGCUCCAGCUUUUAGCUGAUUAUUAAUUUUGGAUUUAUGUAUAGAAAAGUAAUUGCAUUACAGAUUACAUUUUAACAUCUGUUGCCUCUUUAUAUGUAAGUGCCAUAGAGUAUCUAUUGGGUGCAAUGAAUGAGAAAGCAAAUGAAAGCACAAAACGUGAUGUUCCAGUUAGGUCUAUAAGGUUAUUUUUGUUCCCCCUAACACUUCUAGCCAUCUGUAUUUGUGCAAGCAAAGCCAAUGCACUGCUUUAUUGCUAAUUGCUCACUUACAUCAACAUGUUUGGUUCAAAACUGAAGUUGUAACAGUUAAGCUAACCACAUGUUAUUUUUAUCUUCACCUCUAGACGCACCACAAAAGACCAUUUUAUUUUAUGAAAGAGUAAUUUUACUUAGUACAAGACAGGAAGAAAUGUGAUGCACUUUGAGACUUUUAUAUAAUACAUAUGUUAUAUUUAGAACAUUUUUCAAAGAGAAACGUUGAUAUUUUUGAAUAUAACUGUUACAGUUUGUCGUGUUUCAUAGUGCUGUUGUAUUUCAUAGUUUCGAAGAAGCUGUGUAAUGGGAAUGUACUUGUCUAGUUUAUUUAUUCCUGUAAGCAAACAACAUAAAAAGUAUUGUAUUAAAAACAGAAAAUAUUUGAAACAAUUAGGAAUUCAGGCAACAUUUAUGGAGAGGGAGAAAAGAGUCUUUUCAAGAGUUGUUUCAGGUCAAUGGCCUUUUAACCAAUAAAUAAUGUGAUCUGAUCUAAAUUAGCAGUGCCACUUCCUGCAAGUGACACAGCUGAAGUCAAUGACCCAUUAUUACCACUGAGCUUUGAGAGGGAAGAAAAUUGACUCAGCUAUGAUGCAAUUGCUUUACCGACUAUUAGCAGCAGCCCCAUUGUCAGCCUCACCAGGUAAGCAAGUUAGCAAGAUUCCCUGAAGAGAUAAUUUUAAACUUUCCACUUAGCAAUGUGUUGACAAUGGUAUAAAUACUGUAUUUACUGGCUCCAUUUUCUGUCUAUGGUCAGGUUGAAAUUAGCUUUUAUAAACAAUUUCACAGAAACUUAAUAUAACCAGCUUCGUGUUUGUGCAGCUUUAUUGAUUUUUAUCUUUUUCUUUCGUUCUGGUAGUUAAUCUAGUAGGAAAUCUAACAGGUGAUAGUAGAAUUAUUUUGGAUAUGUACCAUGAAUUGCACAUUCAUUUUUGUUGCUUGGUUUAACAAAUAGUCAUGACUAUCUGCUAACACCAACUUCAUUUUUAGUACUAAUUGGUUUUAUACUGCUGCCAGAAACAGCAUUACUGUUGGAAUAGUAAUACAGUGGAUUCCAGUUGGUUGGGCCAUUGGUUAAUUGGGACAGCUGCUUAUUUGGGACAACUCUUAAAGAACAAAAACUAAUUGAGAAAAUAGUCGGGAUUCCCUUCAUUUAUUUAGAGCACUUAAUUGGGGCAGGAGACAGUUGUUGAACAGUUUUAAAAUAGCAUCAGUUGCGUGUGUUUGUGUUCAAAGAUCUAAGAUUUAAAUCAAAAGAACACAGCAGUGUGCUCUGGAUGAAUUCCUCUGGUGAUAGCUAAUAGGAACUAAUACAAAGUUUUAUAGUACUGUAUUGGUUAGUGACUGGAAUCAGAGAAAUAUCACAGUACUUAAUUUGCUAUUUCAAUAUAAUUUAUUUAUUAUUAAAUGAAUUGACCUUUAAUAGGAAAUACACCAUUAUUUUGAAAUUCUGAAAAAUAUUAAUUUGGUAUAAUUCUGAACAAAUUAAGCCUGGCUAUUGUUUUAGUUUUAAAUUUCACGAUUUGCUGAUCCUAUAAUUUUGACACCAGCGAUGUCUCAAAAGACCUCAUAGGCAUUAUCCCAUUCAUUGUGAUUUAUGGGAAGAACAGUACAUUAAGUAAAUUAAAUGCAAAGUAUUGUUUAGCAGGAUCAGAAACAAGAUAUUGCAAACCAGAGGUUCCCAACCAUUUUUAUGCUGUGGAGUUUACCAUUAACCAAGGGGUCCAUGGAUCCCAGGUUGGGAACUCCUGUGCCAGAUAAACAUUACAGAUCAGGCUGUGCAUGAGAAACAGUUAAUACUGAGUUUUUUUCCAUUUUAUUUCAUUUUUAGCACAUUUACAAUCAUUACUUCAAAAACUUUUAACUGGCAUAGUGAAUAAGUUGCCCUUAUUGACUUCUCUAAAUUUUUUCUUUAUUGAAUCACCUGUAAUUACAAAUAGUUAACUCUUUUGCAAUUAAGUUAUAAUUGCAGUAGAAGACAAUGCAGAAAAUGGCAAAUGGUAUGGAGUACUGACAGAGUAACAUGAGCAUCAAAUCAUGUUUAAAUCAAGAUUUAAUGGAGAAGCUUACUGGCAAAAUCAACCCCGAUGAGCCUGUAACACAGUGACUAAGUUAUUAUGCUGUUUCCAGACUAAUUCUUGAUUAGUGUCCAGAUCUGAAGUUCACAUUUCACCAAUGCAUCUGAAAAAUUUAAAUUCAAUGCAAUCAGCUAAAUAAAUCUGGAAUAAAAACUUUGGUGCCCAUGAUGGCUAUCAUGAAACUCUUGGAUUGUCAUAAAAACAUAGAGUUCCAAUAAUGCCAUCCAGAGAAGGAAUUCUACCAUGGUUAUCAUAUAGAUCGAGUCCAUACUUCUUGACUGCAGGCUCUCCAGUGUGGGUGACUCUUAACUGCCUCAACAGCUCAAAAGCCAUCAAAAAUACCACCCUUGCAAGUGAAGUCCAUGUCCUGUAUAAAAUAUAAAAGUGGUUAUCUUUCACCUUGAAUGCAAUAUGUAGAUCAUAGAACAGUACAGCAGAGGAACAGGCCCCUUCAGCCCAUAAUGUUGAGUUGAACCAGUUAAAUUAGUAAUCUGCUAAUCUGUCUGCACAAUGUCUAUAUCUUUCCAUUUCUCUCACAAUCAUGUACCUAUCUAAACAUCUCUUAAUAAUCUCGAAUUCAUCUGCCACUACCACCACCCCAGGCAGUGCAUUUUAGGCAUCCACCACUGUCUGUGUAAAACACUUGCUCCUCACGUCUCCUUUAAAUUUGUCUGCUCUCACCUUAAAUAUAUGCCCUCUGGUAUAAGACAUUUCAACCCUCGGUAAAAGAUCCUGUCUAUCUACUCUGUCUAUGCCUCUCAUAGUGUUAUAAACCUCUAUCAGAUCUCUUUUCAGCUUCUGCUGCUCCAGAGAAAACAACCCAAGUUUGUCCAACCUCUCAUUAUAGCACGUCCUCUAAUCCAGGCAACAUUCAGAUAAACCCUCUUUAAAGCCUUGUCAUCCUUCCUGUUACAACCAGAACUCUAUACAAUACUCCAGAUGCAGACUAACUAGAGUUUAUAAAGCUGCAACUAAUAUCCUGACUUUUGAACUCAAUGCCUUGGCUAAUAAAGGCAAACUUGCAAUUUGCCUACUUAACCCCCCUGUCAAUCUAUGAAACCACUUUCAGGGAGCUAUGAACUCGGAUGCCAAGUUUGCACUGCUCAUCAACACUGUUAAAGGUCUUGCCCUUAAGAGUGUGUACCCUGCCUUUACAUUUCUUUUGCCAAGGUGCAACACUUCACAUUUGGCUGGGUUGGACUCCAUCUGCCAUUUCUCUGCCCAUAUCUGCAAUUGAUCUAUAUCCUGCUGUAUUUUUUGUCAGUUUUCUACACUAUCCACAACACCAUCAAUCUUCAUAUAAUCUGAAAACUUAACACUUAACAGUAUAUAACCUAUCUAGAUUUUCAUCUAGGUCAUUUAUGUGCAUCACAAUUAGGACAGAUCCCUGUAGAGCACCAGUAAACACAGACCUCCAGCUGGAAUAGGUCCUAUCGACCUCUACCCUCCAUUUUCUAUGAGCAAGCCAGUCCUGAAUCCAAAUAGCCAAUUCACCAUGGAUCCCAUGCAUCUUAAUUUUCUGGAUCUUGCAAGAUCUUUUAAACAAUGACAUUACUGUCACAGUAACCAGUGGCAUGUGUACACAACCUAGUUGUUCUCAGGCUGUUAUUACAGAUCUUUCAUUGCUGAGUGGCAUAUACUGCAGCUGAAACCAGUCACGUUAUUUAGCUGGUUUAGAACUAAAACCGCUGAAUGUACAGCCACUAUAAUAGAUAGCUUAGGUCACUUUGUGACAUGCAUGAUUACUUCAUAUUUGACACAUCUGUCAAUUUGUGUUUCAAAUGUCUCAAAUGUAUGUCCUGGGUAAUUCUCUGCUUACAAAAAAAACACACAUCAAAUACUUCUAGAUCUGAAGCACUGAAGACCAUGAUACUUUGCAGAACAUUCUAAAUCUUUUACCUCAGAUCUAUCUAUUUAUUACCUAAAUUAUCUAUUUAUUACAUAAAUCUUUUUACUUGUCCUUUCUUACUGAUUCUUAUUCUGCUAUUUUUACAAAAUAACAUUGGUACGCUCCAAUGUAUGUCAUGACAGAUGCACCUUAGAUAUAACCUUGAAAUAUUAAUCAAUGUUCUGUGUAUAUAGCUUGGGACAAAAGCCAAAAUGUAGAACUGCAUAAAUUCUAUAUAUUUAGUCACACUAGCCACUGAAUAUAGCAGUGCAGGUACAUAUAUUAUUCAAAGGUAGCUCUUCUUAAUCCAGGAGAUAAAAGUGUAAAAGCGAUGUACUAUCUGAAUAGUAUGUAUAAAAGAUUCCUUGUGGAAAAUAUGAUUUGUACCUGCAAAGCAUAUUUUGAAACCUCAAUUUGUCAUAAAGAUUGUUGUCUCUCAAAUAAUGUACUUUGGAUAAUGUAGACCUGGUAUUCUAUAACCCUCUGCUGUUGCACAACAGUAAAAGUGAUUGAACAGUUGGUUGUACUCACUGAUGAACUAAUUACUUCCAUGCUCCCUGGAGCAUCACAUCAGCCAAUGGUAUACCUAAUAGUUAAAUUUGGCUAUCCAUCCCAUAGGAUGAUGAUGGUUCCUUUCAGUCAGUUAGUGGGAUUUGAUAUGUGUGUCCUGGAGUGGCUGUACAGGACGAUCCUUGACAGGCACUGCUUGCCACAUACUUGGCAGGUGAGGCCUGGAGGGGCAGCAGGGGCAGAGGCUCUGUUGUGGCGUUUCCUGUGCCUUUCCUCUGUGACUUGUUCUCAGCAGCAUCCAUACCUUUUCUGAUGGCGUCCCUCCACUGUGAGCGAUCUUGAGCCAGAUCCUCCCAUGUUGAUGGGGCAAUGUCAGCUUUCUUGAGGCUCCUGUGGAGAACAUCCUUGUACCGUAGUCGCUGGCCUCCUCAUUUCAGGUACCACUGGACAGUUGGCCAUAAAAGAUGUCCUUGGGCAGUCUUCUGUCAGGCAUUCUGACAACAUGUCCUGCCCAGCGCAGUUGGGCUGACAUCACCAAGGUUGAAACUGCUGGCAUUCCGGCUCGAGAGAGGGCCUCUGUAUUGGAGACCUUGUCUUGCCAGGUGAUCUUCAUCAGAGAAUGUAGGUGACGCUGCUGCAGUUGGUCAAGCUGGCGUAAGUGACUCUGAUAUGGGCACCACGUCUCACAUCCAUAUAGCAAGGCUGAUAUGACAACAGCCUUGCACUUGGUGACCAACCUGAUGUUCUGUGACCAAACUUGAUCUUUCAGCUGACCAAAGGCAAAGCAGGUUUUCUGGUUCUUGACUGAAUCUCUACAUCCAGGGAAGCUGAGGAUGUUAUUAUACUGCCCAGGUAGCAAAACUUGUUGACAGCAUUGAGACGAGUGUCAUCAAUGAGCGCAGUUGGUUCUUUGUAGUUUGAGACAGGAGCUAGUUGGUAUAAAACUUCUGUCUUUUUCAGGCUGAUUGUCAGUCCAAAGCUUUUGGCGGCAUUGGCAAAGUGACUCGUGAUCUCCUGUAAGUCUUCGAGAGAGUGGGCAUCCAGUGCACAGUCACCAGCAAACUGUAGCUCAUGCGCCACAAUGUCCCUGACUUUUGUUUUUGCUCUCAGUCUUGCGAGGUUGAGGAGCCGCCAUCAACCCUCAUUUGUAGGAAGACCCCUGACUUCAGGUCUGAUGUGGCAUCCUGAAGAACAGCAGCGAAGACUAGUCCAAACAGAGUCAGAGCCAAAACACAACCCUGUUUUACACCGUUGCUGAGGGGAAAUGGGUCUGACAACUCACCACACAUGUUGAUGUGGCCUUCCAUGCCUUCGUGGAACUGUUGGAUGAUGUUGGUUAGGUGUGGGGGGCAACCGAAUUUUGGUUGGAGCUUCCACAGGCCAUCUCUACCAACAGUGUCAAAUGCUUUGGUUAGAUCAACAAAUGUGACAUAGAGACUUCUCUGCUGCUCAACAAGUUUCUUUUGAAGCUGCCUCAGUGAGAAGAUCAUGUCCACUGUACUAUGGCCUGUUCGAAAACCACACUGGUUUUCUGGAAGGAUAUUAUCACUGAUGUUGGACACCAAGCAUCUAAGGAUGAUCUUCGCGAGGCAUUUUCCUGCAACUGACAGAAGAGAGAUGCCUUGGUAAUUAUUGCAGUCUCUCUUGUCUCCCUUGUUCUUGUAGAUGGUCACGAUUGAUGCAUCUUUGAAGCCUUGUGGUAGUUCUGCAGCUCCCCACGACUUUGUGAACAGCUGAUGUAGGCAUGAUGUCAGUGUGUUACCACUAUACUGGUAGAUCUCGGCUGUGAUACCGUCAGGCCCUGGUGCUUUGCUGGGUUUCAGCUGUUUGAUGGCUUUGAUGAUCUCGUGAAGAGUAGGGGGAGCAUGGGUCCAGGGUGUACCCUACCCGGUGCUUCAUCGGUGAUGGUUCCUGUUCUGUUCAGCAGCUCGUGGAAGUGUUUUUGCCCUUUUUUCAUGUGCUCUGAGUUCUCAGUGAAGGUGCAUGUACUGUCCUUGCUCAGUGAGGUGCCUUGUUUUGAUGGACCGUACACAACCUUGACUGCUUCAUAGAAGCUUCUUGAGUCAUUACAGUCAGCAAAGGCUUGUAACUCCUUGGCCUUGUUCGCCCACCACUGGUCUUUCAUAGCUCUGAGCUGCCUCAGCAAAGUUGAUUUUUCACUCAAAAAGGCACGUUUAUUGGAACUUGAGUUUGGUUGUCGAAGAAGAGCCUGGUGUGCAGCUGCCUUAGCUCUUAGAAGCUCUUGCACAGAUUGGUUGUUCUCAUCAAACCAGUCUUGAUGCUUGAGCUUGACUUUCCCCAAAGUGUCCUGGGCAGCGCUGUAGACCGUUUCUUUAAAGGCAUUCUAGCGCUCAGUAAUAUCGUCUGGUGGAUUCUCAACCAGUCUGCUUAGAGCAGUUUCCAUAGAGGAUUUCAGGGCAUCAGCACACUCAGUGUUCCAGUUUGGUGGUGGUCAAUUUUUUGGUUGGUUUGGCAGCAUUCAGUGUGCAUGGAGGUUUGAUCGAUAGACAUAAAUCUGACCACACCAUUCGAUGAUCAGUUGAGCACUCAGCUCCACGCUUAACUCUAGUGAUAUGAACGUCAGAGAUGUCUCAUUGUUGGAUGAUGACAUAGUCAAUGAGAUGCCAGCUUUUAGAUUGUGGAUGCAUCCAUGUGCAUUUGAGCUUGUCUGGCAAUCUGAACAGUGUGUUAGUGAUGCACAGUUUGAAUUUUGUGCACAUCAAGAGGAACAGUAGACCGUUACUGUUGCCAACCCCUUGGCAUCCAAUCACACCAGGCCACACAGUGGUCUCCUUGCCAACCCGAGCAUUAAAGUCUCCCAGCAACAGCAGCUUAUCGGAAGUUGUCACACUGCUGAUGGUGGUUUUCAGCUCACUGUAGAAUGCCUCCUUGACUUCACUGGGAUUAGUCAGAAUUGGUGCGUAAACGUUGACAAUGGUGAGGUGGCGCUUUCCUUGCAGAGGUGUACGCAAGGUCUGGAUUCAGUCACUUACAGCAACAGGCAGGGUUGGUAGCUUUGCUGUGAGGCAGUUCUUGAUAGCCUCAAGAACUAUCAGUUUCUCUUUGUUCUUCUUUGGGCCUGCCAGACCAGAAGAAUGUGUACCCUCCUUUCUCUUCACAAAGUGCGCCCACUCCAGCGAGUCGGGACUCCUGGAGAGCCACAACGUCCAUGUUGUAGUCCUUGAGCACACGAGCAACAAGUGCAGUGCGUCUGUCUGGGCGAUCAGUGUUAACAUUGUCCAGCAGAGUUCGUCUGUUCCAUGAGGCGACGAACAGAUUCUGCUUGUGAUUCUUACCUAGAGUUGGACGACCCGCCAGCUGUGGCUGACUGACUAGGUUGGUGUGAGUGGGCUUUGUUUGAGCCACCUUUUCUAGGCCCUUCCCUAAUUGUAGGGUGAGCAGUGCCUCCCUAACAGAGCUGCUCAGACGCAGAGGGUGCUGCCUCACCGGAUCUCCGCUCUGUAAUCCAUAUGCGACCACUCCCCCCCGCUGCCUGCAUGCAGACUUGUGACUAUGGCUCCCAGCUGGUCAAGCCUACCGCUUCACCACUUGUCCGUCACUACAGGACUUGGGUGUGUUGAGAAUACCCCACUCCUCAGAAAGGAACAGCAUGUGUGUGAAUGGAUUUUAGGUGAGUAAUGGUUAUACCAAGUUGAAAAGGGGCAGGGUGAAAAAUUUGAAUGUAUUGAUGGUUUUGGUUACCAAUAACUAUGGCAACCCAUUUGUUCAAAUCAGUUGAAUAUACCUGAAUAACAGGCACAACAAUGCUGUUGAAUAUCUGUGUUAGACACAAUUCAGUGGUUUCAAUGGUACAUUUAAUGUCAGAGAAAUAUAUACAAUAUACAUCCUGAAAUGCUUUUUCUGGGCACACAGCCUUAGAUAUUCCAUCUACCAUGACACACCCAUCUUCUGCUCGGACACUGAAUCCGAUAUCCCCCCCAUCUCCAGAGCCACGAAAACUCAGCCCUCCGAAGGCGAGUGGAACUCUUAGGCUGAUUCCGUGGUGUGCCGAACAACAGCCAGUUAUGAAACCACAAGAGCGUGUCCUGUAGUCGGCGUCUAACUCCAGGUCAGGGUCUUCAAAAGAACCCUGAAAGGGAAAAAGAGGUAUUAAAAAUGGAACUAGAGCUGUUUCCAAAGAUGCAAGCAAAGAAGUUGCUGUUGGGCACCAUUAACCCUCCUAAACUCUGACUUUCCAAAUUAAACAAAUCCCUUGGGCCAAAUUAAACAAAUCCAUUCAUACCUCCUGUAGUUGACAUAGUGGUGCAAGCAGUUAGUAUGUUGUUCUAGCGGUAAUCCUUUUUCCUAGAAUCUUUCUUUUCCUUCUGUUUUAGCUGCAGAAAGUAUAAACACAAGGAUGUAAUGUAUUUGGGCCUCCCUGUAAGGCAAGUUGCAUAUACACAUAGGUGCAGUGAAAAACUUACUGUCAUUGCUGUAGUGUGUGAGCACCUUUUCCUACAAUUUUCACUUGCUUGACUUUUUCUACACUGUUCCAUUUUGAAGUGAAAGGCAUUUUAGAUAUCUGAUAUUUUGCUUUAUUUCAAAUGCACACAGUAAAACUGUAAAAAAUCUUCCCACAAAAGUGAAUAAGCUGACAAUUUACAGUCAGUGAGGAGUAAGGUUGAGCUGGCAUGUUAGUACUUGAGCAACCUAUUGUCAGAAAUACACCUUAUUUCACUGACUAUAACACACAUUGCCUUAAGCACGUAACAGUUAAAAUCAUAUUUUACUUUCUGAGAAAAGAUAUUCAAAUCGUCUGAAACAAUAAAUAGAUUUCUACAGGGAAACCCAUUGUUAGAACUGUAGGAUCAUAGCAAAAUAUAUUAAUGGCAGUACCUGGUACAAUCAGUAAAUUUCUAUCCAUUUGUAGAUCAGAGUAUUUGUUUUUACAAAAUCAAUACAGAAACACAUGUUAGAUAUUCUACAUUAAUCUUUCUCCACGUUAAGUAUCACCUGAGCAUGGCUGAGUAUAAAGUAAGUAGUUGUGUACAGUAUUGAAUUACAUUAUCAAACAGUACAUUAUUCUGAGUAAGAUCCAUGACUGUAAGCUGCUCUGCCCUAAUUACAGUGAUUUACCAUGAAAUGCAACAUGCAUUUGUCAAGUAUAAGCUAAUUACUAUCGGUGGGAGACGUUUAUGGAUUGGCAGCAUGGAUUUUGGAAGAAAUCAGGUUGUUUAAAGGGUAUACAAUAAAGAAAUAUUUUUAUUUUGAAAUAAUAACACCACACAUCAACAAAUUCCAAUGGUUCAGACGUGAUUUGCUGCUUUUUUUUAGAAGUGAGCCUAUCAGGGGAAAAUGUGGCAACAAUUCUCUGACUAAGGCGUGAUUGAUGCGCUUAGGUACAAGGCUUUUAUUCAGAUGGAUUAGAUUUAUGAUGGCCUAGUGGCUUCAGUUUAAUAGGAAACUGUGGGAUUCAAGAUCUAGCUUUGUUGCCAUGAAUUCAGAUACCUCUAAGCUGUCAGACUUAAACUAUAUCAAUUCAUGGGGCAAGAUUUUUGAACUAUAUAGUAUAUAUUCCUAAUAAGCUUUAAGACAUCCAUGUGGAAAAGAAGAAAUUUUUAAAAAGUCAUAAUGAGUUGUUAACGCAAUGUCUCCAUAUUUCUUAAAAUGAUAGAAAUGCAUUGGCUAUUUCUUUAAUUCUGCAACCCCCUUCUCUCAUAAAUACUUAUUUCAAAUGUAAGAUAACAAAAAUCAACUGCUUCUUCAAAAUAUUAAAUCACAGCAAGAUUGAGAUACUUAAAUAAAUUGAACAGCUUUCAAUAAAGAAUGUGCUAUUUUGGAUAUUUUUAUGGUUAUUUUGAAUUAUUGUGGCACCCAGAGGGUUAGCUAAUGCUUUCUAAACAAAAUUUAAAAAUGCUGUAUUUUAUUGUAUGAAUUUUAAGAAAUGUAUAUGUUUGAUAAGAGCUAUUUUAUUGUACAAGUCUUUUUCUUAAAAUGAUUGUUGUCAUUGUGCUAAGAUAGACAAACUUUAUUUUUAAAAUUGUACUCGUAUAAAUGUCAGACAGAUUUACAGUACUAAUACUGUAAAAGACAAACCAAUUUGAAAAUCCUUUGCUUAGUACAACUUUGAUCAGAAUCAUGCAUUAUUUGUGUUGUUUUGUGUAGUGUGACAUUUUCCCACUUCUUUCAUGAGUAGAAAUGAAACUUCAAGUAGAUUGUUUUGUCCUUUCUUCCCCUAAACAGAAUAAACAUUUUUGAAUUCUUUAAUAUA